UUUUGUCAACAGUAGAACUUCUCAAGAUGGCUCCGCUACCUUAUGUGCGAGUCGCGCUCCUGGUGGGCUUUUCUGUAUUUCUAACCAUUGUGUUGGGUUUUGGUCUACCAACAGCACUCAGUUUUUUAGCGAGGUGCUGUGGUUAUCCCGACGCUAGCGUGACUGAAUGCGUUGUCGCAGUGUAUUUAGUAUUCGUUGUGUAUGUUGCAAUGCCUCGAUUACCAAGGGGUACGGUUAAGAUUGAGGGCAAAGCCGUUUUCAUUACUGGCUGUGACAGUGGAUUUGGUCAUGCGUUGGCGAAACACCUUCACAAAAAAGGUUUCAUUGUGUUUGCAGGAUGCUUGUUUACGGAGGAUGGGGAUGGUGCAAAGGAGCUGAAGGAGAUGCACUCUGAACGAAUGAAAGUCCUACAGCUGGAUGUGUGCAGCGAAGAACAGGUGGCAGAGUCUGCAGAGUUUGUGAAGGCAAAUCUAGAGGAUUCAGGGAAAGCAGGUCUGUGGGCCCUGGUUAACAAUGCUGGUGUUUCCACUUUCGGCGAGGUUGAGUUCACUUCCAUGGAGACAUACAAACAGGUGUCAGAGGUCAAUCUUUGGGGUACCAUCAGGAUCACCAAGGCCCUACUGCCACUCAUCCGCAGGACUAAAGGGCGUGUGGUCAAUUUGGCCAGCAUGUAUGGUCGGAUGGGCAAUGCACUGCGCUCACCCUAUUGUAUCUCCAAAUACGGUGUAGAAGCCUUCACCGACUGCCUACGCUACGAGAUGAAGCCCUGGGGUGUCAAAGUGUCACUAAUAGAACCGGGUAACUUUGUGGCAGCCACUGGCAUACUGUCACGGGACCUGGUUGCUGCCACUGCAGACAAACUGUGGCGAGAGGCGCCUCCUGUAGUCCAGGAGGACUACGGCAAGUCCCACUUUGAGCAGCACAUGGCCCUGAUGCGCUCCUACUGUGGCAGUGGCCAGAGAGAUGUGGUGCCUGUGCUUGAGGACAUCACUGAUGCCAUCGUGUCCCAGCGGCCUUUUACACGCUACAACCCCAUGGAGCCUCACUGGUGGAUCCGCAUGCAGGUUAUGACCCACCUGCCUGCAGCCAUCUCUGACCGAUUGUAUUUCUGAGAAACAGAAAACAACACCCAGAUACCGCAAAACAUCCUAUUAGUCAGUCCUGUUUUGUAUCAUGUAAAAGGAUUGCUGCAAAGAUCAAUCAGUUUAGAUUUUUUGUCUAACAGUUACAACAGACACGUAACUGAAGCAUUCCGUUCUGCUGCAACAAAUAGCUUCCACAAUAAUCAAUAGAACUGGCUACACAUAAUAGCAGCGUGUAUGUUCGGAAAAUUACACCAGUCUUCUAAAACUAUUCUUUACGCUACGGGAACAGAGUGCUUCAGUUACAGACCCUGUGUAGCCCAGUGUUAUCAUUCCUGAUCAUUGAUAUUCCAUAUGGCCAGUAAUUCCUGUCUGCCUUAUAUGAAAAUGUGAACUAUGAAUAGAGAAAUAUUGAGAUUUCUGAGAAAAAUAUAUAUUUUGAGUGCCCACAAGAGUAUUGGGUAUGCAGUGUGUCAUGCCUAUUUCGGAGGAAAUUUGUAAAUCAUGUUGAUGACAUUUCUCUGCUAGAACUAUUCUUUCUGGUGCCAUUUAAAAUUGCACCACCUCUUUUUUGUAUUUUUCUAACACCAGAAUUGUUGUUUGAAGGUGGUUUUGUUUUUUUUACUGUUUGCACUUGAGUUGAUGAGUUAUAUUCUUCAUUUACUAGCAGAAUUAAAUGAGAUCAUUUUGAUCAUGUUGAUGAAA